CGACUGCCUGUAAAAAUAGAAAUCAAUUCGCAGUAAUACAAAAGAGAAAGAAAAGGUACCCAGGGUACCACGAUUGUUGACGCUUGAUGCUUGAUGAGGCUUUUGGCCAGGGGCCUGUGGCGGCUUGGCGUCAUAAGUCAUCAGCUUUUCAAUUUCAAAGCGCGUCUCGAUGAUUUCGAGCAGUCUCGGUCGUCUCGGACGAUCGACGCGUGAUCGUAAAUUCGGUGGAAAAUCAACGGACCGACAUGUCACGACUGUGUAUUUCAAAAUUAUGCCCCCUGAUAAAAAAUACUGGAACGCCGAAGGCACUGUUGAAUCGAAUGCGUUUUAAAGGCGGUUUUGAUCGCUCGAAUGACGCUACGUGCUGGAACUGUCAGAGAGGUUAUGCCCAGCGUUCCACGCUACUGAUAUCUCGACUCUAUCCAUCGUGUGGAUUAUUGGAUAGAAUUGUUUUUAAUUUCCCUGCAAUUUCGGCAACUACGAAAGAAAAGUACAGUGACAAUGGCGAUAAAUGUGGUAGGAGACGUUAUAAACAUCUUGGAGUGCUCUUGGGCAGUCUUGGGCUUGUAGUGGCUUUUUGUGACACUUCACAUUUUAAAGAGAAGAGAUUGUUUCGUGCUGUUCAGUAUGGUAAUAUAUCAGAAUUAAAAAGAUCUAUAGCAGAUGGUAUUGAUGUAAAUACCAGACAUCCAUUGGGUUGGACAGCACUGCAAACUGCUGCUAUAAAUCAAAGAGAAGAAAUUAUAAAAAUUCUGUUGGACAAUGGCGCUGAUGUAAAUGCAGGAGAUAACUUUGUUAAUGUAUAUAGAACUGCCAUGGAAAAGGGCUUACAUUCUUUGGAUGUUCUUACAAAGAGGGAAGAGGAAUUUUCUGAUCGAUUAAAUAAUCGAGCUACUUUCCAAGGAUUUACAGCAUUACACUAUGCUGUGUUAGCCGAUUCGAAAAGUUGUGUGAAAGCAUUAUUAGAUGGAGGAGCGAAUCCAACUAUAGAAAAUGAAGCGGGACAUCGAGCGGUUGAAUAUGCUAAGGAAGGAGAAAUCAAAGAGAUGCUAGUCAAACAUGCUAUUAAAUAUGAUGAAAUAGCAAAAGAAAAGGAAGCAGAGGAACGUCGUAGAUUUCCGUUGGAACAACGUUUGAAGCAAAAUAUUGUAGGACAGGAGGGACCUAUUUCCAUUGUUGCUUCUACUAUCAGAAGGAAAGAAAAUGGUUGGAUAGAUGAAGAGCAUCCACUAGUAUUUCUCUUCUUGGGUUCGUCAGGCAUUGGCAAAACAGAAUUAGCCAAGCAAUUGGCUGCUUAUAUUCACAGGAAUAAACCAGAUAGUUUUAUUCGAUUGGAUAUGUCUGAAUAUCAAGGGAAACAUGAAGUUGCAAAAUUAAUUGGAGCACCACCAGGAUACGUGGGACACGACGAUGGUGGACAACUGACAAAACUUUUGAAAAAAUGUCCUUCCGCUGUUGUAUUAUUUGAUGAGGUUGACAAAGCUCAUCCUGAUGUUUUAACUGUUUUGCUACAGCUUUUCGAUGAGGGUAGAUUAACUGACGGUAAAGGAAAAACAAUCGAGUGUAAAAAUGCUAUUUUUAUAAUGACAUCGAAUUUAGGAAGCGAAGAAAUUGCAGAACAUGCAAUGCAACUAAGAGCAGAAGCUGAAAGGCUAUUAAACCAUAGAUUAGUCAAUACUGUCGACGAAGAUCAAGAACCAGAACGUAUUGAGAUAUCUCGUAAUUUUAAGGAUCAAGUGGUACGUCCAAUACUGAAAGAACAUUUUCGAAGAGAUGAGUUUUUGGGAAGAAUAAAUGAAAUUGUAUAUUUUUUACCAUUUUCUCGGGCAGAAUUGAUAGAAUUAGUCGCCAGAGAAUUGAAAGCAUGGGCUACACGUGCAAAAGAAAGACACAUGAUCGAAUUAAAAUGGGACAGAGAAGUUUUGUCGGUAUUAACGGAUGGGUAUGAUGUCCAUUACGGUGCUCGUUCCAUCAAGUAUGAAGUGGAAAGACGUGUUGUUAACCAAUUAGCGGCAGCUCAUGAACGGGGGGAACUUGGUAAAGGAUGCUGUGUAUUGUUAAAAGCAAAGUGGCAUGAAAGUGGAGCAAGCGUAACUCUUUCUGUUCAGCAGAAGGGCUCAAAAAAGUUUGUCGAUAUCGUAGAAACAGAUAAAUUAACGAAAAAUAUUAGUUCAAAAUUCUUAUAAAUGUAGGAUGUAGAUUUUGCUUUAAUAACUUAUACAAAACACAUUGUCACUUAGAAAAGAUGGUUGUAUGCAAAAGUCUGAUGUUAUUUGUUAUGAUACGAUAUACAAAUGUACAAAUCAUAAUAAAAAAUGUGCUAAAUUUACUUUA